UAGGAGAGGAAGCUGUAUGAUUUGAUAACUUGUAUUAAAAUACCAAUUACAUUUAUAGGACCUUUUAAAACUCGGCGCAAUUAAACCGUGUUCUUUUACAUUUUUCCGAAGCGACCCUGACAUUUAGGAAGACUCCAAAUGGCCUCGUUAAAAUCGCGAAAUUAACAGCGGUGCCUGCGCCCGGGCGCGCGUCGUGUCUGCGCGCCCCGAGUGCGCGCGCGCGCGCGCGUGGUUUUUUUCCGCGACGCCCCCACACCAGCCUUUGGGGGUGGUCCGCGAAGGUAUUUGAUUUGUUGGGAGGCGAGCGAUAUCUCAUUAAUGUAGGUAGUUAAGCAGCCUCAAUCCGCACUCCUCCUCCUGCUCCCCGCGCCCCCUCGCCUCUGCGCCCCCCUCGCCUGCUCGCGCGCGCUCCCCGGGUGUUUUUCUCCCUUCCCCUCCUUUUUCCUCCGCGCUCCCCAGCUCCCCGGCGCUCUCGCCUCUCUGCUCUCUGCUCUCUGCUCGCACCCUCGCGCUGCGUCCUGUCCGGGAGGAGUACCGGGAAGCCAAUAGGAUGCCGGGGCUCUAAUGGAUGCAAAUGAUCGUGAAAAGACAGUGCAAAAUAUGAAACAAGUCAUUUGCAGGGAAGUAAAUCACCGAAAACUGUUUAUGAACUGGCAUCCCUUCUUCGAAAUGUAAAGCGAGGACCUCCUUAAGUGGCGGUAGAUUUUUGGUGUGGGGGUGGGGGUGGGGGAGGGCGCGUCCGCCGCGGCCGCUGCCGCAGGCUGAGACUUGGGGAGCCUCCGCGGUCCUGUUUUUUUUUUUUUUCCCUAUUCCUGGAAAUCACAAAAAAGUGUGGCGGCUUGGAGAUCUUCUUCGCCUUUUUCUUUCUUUUCUUUCUUUUUUUCCUUCCCUCCUCCCUGUCCCUCUCCUUUCCUGGCCAGGGUGACCAGGAGCCGGCGAAUCCGCGUUUUUUCUCUGUCUCUGUCUCUCUCCCUCUCUCCCUCUCUCUCCCUCCCUCUCCCCCUCCCCACCCCCUCCCCAACAGCCCCCAACUACAGCCUCCGCCGCCGCCGCCGCCGCCUCAAAAUUCAAUAAAAUGAGCUCUUAUUUCGUCAACUCACUGUUCUCCAAAUACAAAACCGGGGAGUCCCUGCGCCCCAAUUACUAUGACUGCGGCUUCGCCCAGGACCUGGGCGGCCGACCCACCGUGGUGUACGGUCCCAGCGGCGGCGGCAGCUUCCAGCACCCGUCGCAGAUCCAGGAGUUCUACCACGGGCCGUCGUCGCUGUCCACGGCGCCCUACCAGCAGAACCCGUGCGCCGUGGCGUGCCACGGGGACCCCGGCAACUUCUACGGCUACGACCCGCUGCAGCGCCAGAGCCUGUUCGGCGCGCAGGACCCAGACCUGGUGCAGUACGCGGACUGCAAGCUCGCGGCCGCCAGCGGCCUGGGCGAGGAGGCCGAGGGCUCGGAGCAGAGCCCGUCGCCCACGCAGCUCUUCCCCUGGAUGCGCCCGCAAGCAGCCGCCGGACGCAGGCGAGGCCGCCAGACCUACAGCCGCUACCAGACCCUGGAGCUGGAGAAAGAGUUCCUAUUUAAUCCCUAUCUGACUCGCAAGCGGCGGAUCGAGGUGUCGCAUGCGCUGGGACUGACAGAGAGACAGGUCAAAAUCUGGUUCCAGAACCGGAGGAUGAAGUGGAAAAAGGAGAACAACAAAGACAAGUUCCCCAGCAGCAAGUGCGAGCAGGAGGAGCUGGAGAAGCAGAAGCUGGAGCGGGCCCCGGAGGCGGCGGACGAGAGCGACGCGCAGAAGGGUGACAAGAAGUAGACUCCAGCCGGGACACCAGGGCCGCGGCCCCCCGCACGCCUGCCCGCCCGCCCGCCCGCCCGCGGCCCCCGACCCUCGCGGUCACGCGUCCCCGCGUCCCCGCGCCGCGCUCCGGCCCGGGCCUCCCAGCGCCGCGCAGCGCCCCGCCCGCCGCGCCCCCCGCUAGUGGUAGUCUCCGUGAUAGCUUCCGUGUGUGCGCCGCGUGGGUCCCUUCCCUUCCCGGGGGCCGGGGAGGGAGCGUCGGAAGCCAGGCCUCCCUCGCCCGCGAGGAUGCGAGGUGCGCGGCCGCGGCCCGCCGAGCCCCCACCCCGCCCCGUGUACAGAGCCUCGUGGUGCAAACGGUCUUUUUCCUUUGAACGUGCUUCUUUGUGUAAAGGCCGAGGUACCGAUUCUGCAAGUUCCCCAACAACAUGAAACUGCCUAUUCACGCCGUGAUUCUUUCUGUCUCCCUCCUUUCUCUCUGGCUCUCUCUUUCUCUCUGCCCCCCCCCCGCGCCCCAUUCCCCUCCCGACCCCUCUCCCACCAGCUUCUCGCUUUCUCGCUUCUCUCUUCUCCCUCCCCUCCCCUUUGGUUUGACAAUUUUGUCUUAAAUGUUUCUCAAAAAAAAAAAAAAAAAAAAGAUGACUUUAGUUAGCAUGCGCGCCGUGGGCAAUUGUUACAAAGUGUCCCUAGGGUUACUGUGAAGAGAGUGUAUCCUGUGCCCGUGAAUUGCUUUAUGGGGGGAGGGAGGGUUAAUUAUAUAUUUUGUUGUUCCUCUA